CGUGACCCGUGUGGUCGAAUUACAUUUUAAAUAUGAGUGCGCGCGCCUGCUCCAGUGAAAAGAGCCGGAGGAAGUGAUAAGACCCGCUCCCUCCACACUGCAGCUCCUCUGUGUUUAGCGGCGCACGGCUCCACGGCACAAUGUCUGAAGAAAAGCCAAAGGAAGGCGUGAAGACGGAGAAUGACCACAUCAACCUGAAGGUGGCCGGACAAGACGGAUCAGUCGUACAGUUUAAAAUCAAGAGGCACACUCCGCUCAGUAAACUCAUGAAGGCGUACUGUGAACGGCAGGGUUUGUCUAUGCGUCAGAUUCGUUUUAGAUUUGAUGGUCAGCCAAUCAACGAGACAGACACACCUGCACAGUUGGAAAUGGAGGAUGAAGACACAAUUGAUGUAUUUCAGCAACAGACCGGAGGGGUGUACUCCUAAGUGGACAUGGUGGAGAGACUUCUCAAACUUGUUGUAAUGGUGUUUUUACUUGGUUCUGGCUUUCUAUUUCCCUGUUCUUCUGGUUAAAUAACGGGCAGAAGUAAUUUUACGGUUUUGAAGAUGGCGGCUUUUUCAUUAGGUGCUAAUUCUGAACUCUGACAAGCAGGGUCAUUUUAUAACUCAAUUUUACUUGAACAAAUUGUUUGAUCACGGCGUCCAAAGGAAAAGCUGCCCUUGAGGUCAAUUUAACUUCUGCAUGUUCACAAAACCCAAUGCCAAAAUCUUUUAGUUUUAAACCAUUUUAAAUCUGCAGGAGCUCAGCUAUUUAAGUCACUUUCUUAAAUAUUAUUUCUGAUAAACAUUGCCAGCAUCGGUAAUCCUAUUUUCUAUGUUUGGUAACUACUUUUAAAUCGUCAUGUAUCCAUGUCUAUCUUGAGCAUCUGUUGAGAGAAAGCUUGUGGUGUGAAAGUUCAUGAAUGGAUUACCUCAACUAUGUCACCCUCAAUUGAAAUGUAUCUAGUAAAUAAAGUGUUUUUGGACCAAAUGGGCACUGCUCAGUGUUUGUUUAUGCUGCUGCAGAGCCGUAGCAGAUGCAGAUAAUGUCCACUUGUCUCUUGGAUAUUCUAUAAACUCAAGCUAUAGAACUUGUCUUUAGGUAACAAUUGAAUUUAAGUUAUGUUAGGUUUGGAGAACAUUCACACCACGUUUUUUUUGUAUAUCUUCUGUCCUAUUACUGUGAACAAUAAAUGGUAAUAGUUUGUUA